GUCAUGGUCAAUAAUAAAUUGAAUUGAAGAACACUUAAAAAUCUAAAUACACUCAAAAUAAACAGGAUUAAUAAAAAUACGAAAUAAAACAUUUCAAGCUUAUGUUAAAUUCAGUACAAAUUUUAUAAGUCGAAAGAUGGCCGUGCACUUCCCACUUACUUUACCUGGAUCAACUCUUCAAGACAAACAUCGUAAUUUGAACUCUUUCGUCAAUGAGAUUUUUAAGAAGAAUAUCUCGAUCCAAGAUAUACUUCAGCAAACAGAAACUUCACCUAUUGAUCUAAUUUUCAAAAUUGAUGUUGCUUCUAAAUAUAGAAAUGUUGAAUAUAUUUUAGAGAAUCUCAAAAACAAUGACAUGUUGUAUGUAAGCAGGUCAUUAAAAUGCUUCUGGAUUUUAGAGAAUGAAUAUUGUGACAUAAUAAACCCUGAAUUCCUGGAGAACAAGUUAUAUCCAGAAAUGAUCAAACCAGCUGUAAAUAAAAUGAAACAUUUUGUUCAGCUACAUUUGAAAGACAAAGAGAGGUGCCAGGAAUUCUAUAAUUAUUACAAAUCUAGCUUUGAUGACGCAUUUGAUUUCUUUAGGCACUGUUCCAAUGAAUUUAUUACAACUGAAUUUCCAAAUGUAAUAGAUAAACUUUCCUACAAACAGUUGAAAAUAGUUUAUGAAAUCUGUCCAUCAACUUGUAAGCUUUACUUUGAGAUAAUACCAACCAGCAGGGCAGCACUCAAAAAAUUCACAGAUAGUUCACCAAAAUACUUCAACUGUAUUAAAAGUAUACUAAAAUACGAUGGCAAUACAUUUUUGGACAUUGUUGAAAAAUAUUUUGACUCAAGCACAUUUGAUGCCUAUGGCCCAUCAGUAACUGAAUAUAUAAUGAAAAAUUAUAGAAACAGAUUUGAUGCCAAGAGUGAAUUAUAUGCAACUUCCAUUCUAAACAUCAAAACUAUUGCAGCUAAUAUGACAAGCGACCAAGCUAAAGAACUUAUACUCAAACUUGCCAGAGCAGAAUAUUUGGACUAUUGGUUUUCGUACAAGAGAGUUGAACCUUUAAUAAAACGUUUAAAAUUAGAGGAAAGGUCAUCUUUUAAGAAGCAAAUCUUUGUUGAUAAAAUAAUCGAGAAUAAAGUUAAAGAAUGGCCUUACCCUAAACCUACACCUUUAGUUCUAGACGUGGAGCUGGAAGAACAUGUUUUUACAGACAUUCAACAUGAGCCAUAUGAAUACGAAAAUCAUUACUUGGGCAUUGGUAUGUGCUCACAAAGGUUAAUCAAAAAAUCUGCUAGGUAUUGCAGUUAUGCAGAAGAUUGUUGUGAAAUAAUUUCUCAGGGAAAAUCUCCUCUGGACCAGUUGUUUAACCGAUAUCGGUUUAUCGGCUUCGAGCAAACUUUCUACGAGCUCAACAAAAAUUUAUUAGCUGAAAGUACGAUCGAAGGGCGACUCAAUAUGAUGCUAGUUCUCGUUAGCAAAAGCGGGGGUGUUCCUGAACAAGUGGAAAAAUUUCUGAAGCUUUUGGUUGAAAGACAUAAGAAUGAACCAAAUACUCUUCGAGCUGCGGUUAUUAGGUCUCUUGUUAAACGUGGCUCUGCUUGGCGCUUGCCUGAAAAUGUGUGGUCGCUAUUACUACAAUUUGGCAUCGACAUAGGGCUUGAUGGCGCUGAAACCGAACUAGUUUGCCGCGAAGGUCUACACGCUGUUAUUUUACGACACAUAUUAGCUGACGUGACGAUGUCACCAACUUUGCUUUCUGGGUUCCUUCGCCAGUUUUGUACUUUUUCCGAGUAUAAACUGAGUACUGAAGAAAAAAAAUUAGUUGCUAAACGUUUACCUUUGCUUAUAUUGCCUUCAGAUGCGAAUGCAUUUUUAGACACCCUUGUUGAAUACAAGGUCUGUAUAAAAGAUAUACCAAAUGCAGAAGCAGAGCUUCUAAAAGGGGCAAAAACCGAUUCGAAACUAGUAGCAAGACUAUACAAAGCAAAAAUAUUACGUCGUGAGCUUUUCCAUGAAACCUUUGCUCUGAAACAGAAUAAUGCUGCAUACAUCAACGCAUUGCGACACGAUACCUCUCCUUUGGAGAAUGGUAAGAGCUUUGCUACAUUGAUCACUAAAGAACGUUCAAAUCACGAUCGAUUCCUAAAAUCCCUAUAUAUAUAUUUCGGUGAACCGGGUGGUUUAGCCGAGAAACAUAGGUUUGUAUUGGAAGAAACAUUCUUGUCAAACCCAAAGUAUUGGUUUGCUCGUCCGUUAUCUUCUCUUUUAAGUAAUGAGGAGGUGCUAAAUCGUAUUGCCCAAUUUGAGCUGGUUAGGCCACAAUCUAAGUGCCAGUUUCUGAUGUCUACAGGAAUCAGAGCUAAUGUUCACAUGAGUAAACCACCUGUAGACAUUGAUACUUUAGAUUGGAAAUGGAUAGGUGCUAAGGCAGUUGCAAACAAGGUCUUCAUUUGUAAGAAAAAUGAUCAGCAAAGAUUUAUAAAGAAGCUACUAAAAUGGCGUCGCACAGCUAGAAUUGCAGUGCGAUUAUCUGAUAAGACACCUUCUGCUGUCGAAACUUUUAUUGAUUUCUGUUCGUUGCGACCUUUAGCUGCGUUAAAAGUAGGUUUUUCAGUAUAUUUAACUAAAGAAUACAUCGAACUCACAAUAUGGAAUGCUAUGAAAACAAUAAUCCAAACUAAAGACCUUUCUCAAAAGCAGAGGUUGUUGAGAAAGUUAUCGGAUCCUACGACAAUCUCGAAAAAUGUCGUGGCCGAUUACUGGGUGCAAGUGUUUAAUGUCUUUAUGAAAAUGGAUCACAAGCAAGCCAUGCCUAUGCUCUGUCAUUUAGAAAACGUUCAAUAUGAUGUAGACCCAAACUUUAUCAGAGGUUUACUAACAAAAUUCAUUGAAACUAAAUUAAAUCCAAAUACAUUUUCAAAGGAGGAAGAUGAUGAUAAUGACUCUAAUAACACAAAAUGCUUGUACGUUAGAAUCAUCGCUAAACAUCUACUUCUGUGUAAAUCUGAAAACGAACAGCAAGAUGCUAUCGAAAAGGUUUGUCACCCCUUUUUCGAUGCCAUAGAAGUCCUGUUACAAAAGGUGGAACUGACAGAGCAUUUGAUUAAGCUGCUAAAAGAUUUAAUUUUUUCGUUGAAAUUCAGUAAAGUGUUUCUGUCUGAGCAGUACGUGAAUUGCAUGCCAGUAUUUGAAAUAAUUCUCAAAAGAAUGCAUAAAAUUUUACCCAUUGAAGAGCAUUUUAUUAAAUAUGUAGAUAUACAUCUCACUAUGUUGUUUUAUAAAACUAUAAAGCAAGCGAGCAAAUUGAAACCUGGUAUUUUUGAUGAAUCUAAAAAUAGAAAAGAAGCUUCAGAGAUCGUUGGUCGAAUAUUUGGUAACUACAUUGGCCAUGAAAUAAAGGAGCUCGUUAACAAAUACUUUAAGUCUGUAGUCGAUUUAUAUAAAGUUCCUUUGAAUAAUUAUUUAAGGGACUAUUUCCAUUUUAAUGAAAGCAGAGAGGUUUUGGUCACUUUUGUGGUGAAAGGCCUUUUGGAAGCCGACUCAACCGAGGCAUAUAUUUUGGCGGAAUAUAUUUUCCAAAAGGAACAAACGUAUCAUAUAUCUGAACCACAUCACGCUGAAAUAUUGAAGACAUUGAAAAACUGUAAAGAAGAUGAAGUCAAACUAUUCCUAUAUGCAGAUGUUCUUUCAGUGCCUUGCAUGUGACAAUACUCAUGAAUACACUGAAAAACUGGAAUUGGAAUAAAUAAAAUCUCAUAAAUAUUAAUUGUUAAACAAUUACUCAUUGUAAAGUCAACAUCUCCUGAGGAUGCUCCGUAGCGAAACGUGCGUAGAGGGUACAU